AUUAAUUUUAGUAACUUAAAUAAUUAAAUACUAAUUAAUUCUAGUGCUUGAUUAAUAAAUAUGCAAAAAUGUUUGAAGGCAGUAGGUUCUCUACCUAUGCUAUAUUCAGUAAUAGACUGUGGCGUUCAUGGGAUUAUAUUUUCUCUGUAAUUACUUCGCAUAAUGUUUUUAGUCAUUCUAAACUAUCAACAAAGACAAACCAAAGAGAUUUUUCAAGGUUUUAUUGUUUGUCCAGUUGAGAGCUGUUUGAAACAUUGGGGCAUUGAAUUCUUUAAAAGUCACAUCCCUACCACACCACGAUGGGUAAGGAAGAUAAGGCAACUUGGAAGAGCAACUACUUCAGUAAAUUGAUUCAAUUACUUGAAGAAUAUCCUAAGUGCUUCAUUGUUGGCGCUGACAAUGUCGGGUCAAAACAAAUGCAACAAAUCCGUAUGUCGUUGAGAGGUGCUGCAGUAGUACUGAUGGGAAAGAACACCAUGAUGAGAAAGGCUAUUAGAGGCCAUGUUGAAAGAAACCAAGCAUUAGACAAACUUCUGCCUCACAUCAAAGGAAAUGUAGGAUUCGUGUUCACCAGAGGAGAGCUCCCUGAAAUCCGGGAAAAGUUAUUGCAGAAUAAAGUCAGAGCUCCCGCCAGGGCCGGAGCUAUUGCCCCUUGCCCCGUAGUCAUCCCAGCUCAGAACACAGGUCUCGGUCCUGAAAAAACUUCGUUCUUUCAGGCUCUCUCCAUCCCAACCAAGAUCUCCAAAGGAACAAUUGAAAUUAUCAACGAUGUCCACAUCUUGAAAGAAGGCGACAAAGUUGGUGCUUCAGAAGCUACUCUUUUGAACAUGUUGAACAUUUCUCCAUUUUCUUAUGGUUUAGUCGUGGAAAUGGUUUAUGACUCGGGUACGAUAUUCGAGCCCAAGAUCUUGGAUAUCAAACCUGAAGAUUUGAGAGUCAAGUUCCUCGAGGGUGUCGCUAGAUUAGCUUCCGUCUGUCUUGAAAUCAGUUACCCAACAAUAGCUUCUGCUCCUCACAGCAUUGCCAAUGGUUUGAAAAAUCUUUUUGCUGUUGCUGCAGUUACUGAUGUUGAGUUCAAAGAAGCCGAGAAGAUCAAAGAAUAUCUGAAGGACCCAUCGAAGUUCGUCACUGCUGCUGCUCCCGUAGCGGCCGAGGCUGCUGCUGCUCCAGCUGCUGCCAAGAAGGAAGAAGUCAAGGAAGAAGCUGAAGAAUCCGAUGAUGACAUGGGAUUUGGUCUUUUUGAUUAAAUUCAGUCUCUUGACUAAAAUUUAAUACAAAGCAUUUUGUGUUGACCCAGACGAAAAUAAAGGAUAAAAUGAAUCAAC